CGAGUAUCAAACCCAUGCAUCUGGUGCCGGCCUUUCUGAUAGCCGGAGAGCCAGUGGCAGCCAUGCUGCAAUAUUAAUAUUUAAAAAGUUGAACAACUGCAACAACUUCGAAAAAUCUUGCAUGAAAGGAGAUCACGUUAUUGCCUCCUGCCUGCGCUAAUUUACGUCCCUUGCCAACGGGUUUCCUUCUCACCCAAGUCGACGAGCGAGCUGAAAUGGCACUCAGCAGGAUCAGAGAUGAAAAUCUCUUUAUCAGCGGGAUUAUGAGCCUGAGCAAUAAAAGUGCCCUCAUGAAAGCAAAUAUCACACAUAUUGUUUCUGUACUUCGGUUAAAUCCAGACGAGGAGCGCUUUGAGUCUUUUGAACAUUUACAGAUCCCUGUGGACGAUGUCAGUGAUGAAGACCUCUUUCGGCAUUUCCCCACUACGAAUGCCUUUAUCAAAUCUGGCCUGGAUAGCGGUGGCGGGGUGCUGGUACAUUGCGCGAUGGGCAAAUCCCGAUCUGCAACUGUCUGUAUUGCAUUUCUGCUUCACCGGGACCCUGGUGCAUUAACGCCCUGGGCGGCUCUUGAACUAAUUCGUCAGUCAAGACCACUAUGCGAACCAAAUGGCGGGUUCCAAGAGCAAUUGGAACUCUAUCACAAAAUGGGAUGCCCAGACAAUGUCACUGACCAUCCCUUGUAUAAACGCUGGGUAUACGAGCGAGCGCUCGAAGAGAGUGUUGCAUGUGGCCGUGCUCCUGAAAUUGAGCUCGUUAGAUUCGAGGAUGAGUGCGCGGAGCCCUCAAAUAAAACCGACGAAUCUACGGAAAUAAAGUGCCGCAAGUGCCGACGCAAAUUGGCAACUCUUCCCUUCAUAAUCCCUCAUACACCACAAACUGACAAGCGAUUACCGCGAGGUCAUACUAUCCCCGAGGGACCGUGUGCUCAUAUAUUCUUACAUCCGCUAACGUGGAUGCGGCCCUCUCUCUUCCCUGAACAAGACAGUUCGUCGCCAGCAGCCAACUCAGCUGAUGAAUACAAAUAUACUCCUGAGGCACCACUUUCCGGACGCCUCACGUGCCCUAAUUCCGCCUGCGGCGCCAAUAUUGGAAAAUUCGCAUGGCAGGGCAUGAAAUGUAGCUGCGGAAACUGGGUUGUGCCUGCAAUUGGCUUGGCGCGGGCGCGAGUAGAUGUUGUGGACAGCGUUGUGCGGCGGGGGACGAUUGACGCUUCAGCUGGAAUCAGAGUACCGGCCAGGAUUGGAGGGGUAGCAGGUGGGGGAGUAGGAGGAGGAGCAUCAACCGCGGCUGAUCCCGCCGGAGGCCGGGGCCUUCUAUGAAUAUUUGUCAUAAUUUUCAAAAUUUCAACAAGGAAGCACCAAACACUUCUUCUAAGGGGCGUGCGUUUAACAAGACAGGUUAGAAAUGUUAAAUGACAAGCGGAAUACAUUACCUACUGAUACAUCCCAAUAUGCCUAGCUUUGAUGAUCGGCUUGCGAAUAUCUUUACGAUUGAUACAUCAACUGUCGGAUAUCUCCCAAUGCCAACUUCUGAUUUAACACAA